AUGGCGACGUACACGUGCAUCACGUGCCGGGUGGCGUUCCGCGACGCGGAGAUGCAGCGGGCCCACUACAAAACCGACUGGCACCGUUACAACCUGCGGCGGAAAGUGGCCGACAUGGCUCCGGUCACCGCCGAGGGCUUCCAGGAGCGGGUGCGGGCGCAGCGGGCCGUGGCGGAGCAGGAGAGCAAGGGCACGGCCACCUACUGCACCGUCUGCAGCAAGAAGUUCGCCUCCUUCAACGCCUACGAGAACCACCUCAAGUCGCGGCGGCACGUGGAACUGGAGAAGGCGGCGGUGCAGGCGGUGAAUCGCAGGGUGGAGAUGAUGAACGAGAAGAACCUGGAGAAAGGGUUGGGCGCUGACGGUGUGGACAAGGAUGCCAUGAACGCGGCCAUCCAGCAGGCCAUCAGGGCGCAGCCUUCUAUGUCGCCCAAGAAGGCUCCCUCGGCACCGACGGACGAGUCCACAGGUCCAGUGGCGGUGGCAAAACGUGGCCGCGGAGCUCACGACCGAGACCCGGCGGAGAAGCCGCCCCGACUCCGGUGGUUUGAGCAGCAGGCGAAGAAGUUGGCAAAGCAGCAGGGGGCGGAGAGCGAGCAGGAGGAGGACGAAGACCUGGACGAAGACGAUUGGGAAGAUGUGGAUUCUGAUGAAGAACUGGAAUGUGAGGAUGCUGAGGAGAUGGACGAAGGUGCAGAGGAGCGGGAUGCGGAGGAAGCAGGGGCUGGGGCAUGCCCAUCCCUGGGUGCCAUCCCUGUAACAGACUGCUUAUUUUGUUCUCAUCAUUCAAACUCCCUGAUGAAGAAUGUGGCUCACAUGACAAAAGUCCACAGCUUCUUUAUUCCUGAUAUAGAAUAUCUUUCUGAUCUUAAGGGACUGAUUAGAUAUUUGGGGGAGAAAGUUGGUGUUGGGAAGAUUUGCUUGUGGUGCAAUGAGAAAGGGAAAUCUUUCUAUUCCACGGAAGCUGUCCAGGCACACAUGAAUGACAAGAGCCACUGUAAGCUUUUCACAGACGGGGAUGCUGCUUUGGAGUUUGCGGACUUCUAUGAUUUUAGUUCUCACACAGGUGUUCCUGUGGCGUUGGGUGCCAGAGUCGGCCAUCGUUCCUUGAUGAGAUACUACAAACAGCGGUUUGGUUUGACAAGAGCUGUGGCGGUUGCUAAAAACAAGAAGGCGGUGGGCAGAGUCCUGCAGCAGUACAGAGCCCUGGGGUGGACUGACGGCACAGGAACUUCCAUCACCAAUUGA